ACUACCAUCUCUUCAUCUUUCACUGCUUAUCACUUUCAAUAGUACAAUGGCAGCGACAACCAUGGCUCUCUCUUCUCCUUCAUUCGCCGGAAAGGCUGUCAAGCUGUAUCCUUCCGCCCCUGAAAUCCAGGGCAAUGGCCGUGUUUCCAUGAGGAAAGGCGCCACCAAGCCUGCAGCUUCUGGAAGCCCGUGGUACGGUCCCGACAGAGUUUUGUACUUGGGUCCACUCUCCGGUGACCCUCCAUCCUACUUGACCGGAGAGUUUCCAGGUGACUAUGGUUGGGACACUGCUGGACUUUCCGCCGACCCUGAGACCUUUGCUAAGAACCGUGAACUCGAAGUCAUCCACUGCAGAUGGGCCAUGCUGGGAGCUCUCGGAUGUGUUUUCCCUGAGCUUCUGGCCAGGAACGGAGUCAAGUUCGGCGAAGCCGUCUGGUUCAAGGCCGGUUCUCAGAUCUUCAGCGAGGGAGGACUUGACUACUUGGGAAACCCAAGCUUGAUCCACGCCCAGAGCAUCUUGGCCAUAUGGGCAUGCCAAGUUAUCUUGAUGGGAGCUGUCGAAGGUUACCGCAUUGCCGGUGGUCCUCUGGGUGAGGUGACUGACCCGUUGUACCCAGGUGGCAGCUUUGACCCACUGGGUCUUGCUGAUGACCCAGAGGCAUUCGCCGAGCUCAAGGUCAAGGAGAUCAAGAACGGCAGAUUGGCCAUGUUCUCCAUGUUUGGAUUCUUCGUCCAAGCCAUCGUCACCGGAAAAGGACCACUCGAGAACUUGGCUGACCACCUUGCCGACCCAGUCAACAACAACGCCUGGUCUUACGCCACCAACUUUGUCCCCGGAAAGUGAACUUAGAGACUGUCCUAGGAUUUAUCUUUGACGUUUUCCUUGUCGGUGUGAUGUAAAUUUGCUCCAAAUCAAUGAGAGCAUAAUGUUAAACUUUCUCUCU